GUGUCUGCGUGCGGUCGUUGGUGCUGUGAGGCGGUGCCUGGCUGCUCCUGCUCUGCCUGCUCCACACUGCGGCGGCGGGCACAGCUAUACGCUACAGAAAUGGCGGAGGGGGAGUUGGACGUGGACUCGCUUAUUUCCAGGCUUCUAGAGGUGCGAGGAUGCAGACCGGGGAAGAUUGUGCAGAUGUCAGAGGCCGAGGUGAGGGGCUUGUGCAUAAAGUCCAGAGAGAUUUUCCUGAGCCAGCCCAUCUUGUUGGAGUUGGAAGCCCCACUCAAAAUCUGUGGUGACAUCCACGGCCAGUACACAGACCUGCUGCGGCUGUUUGAGUAUGGCGGCUUCCCUCCAGAAGCUAACUACCUGUUCCUGGGAGAUUAUGUUGACCGAGGAAAGCAGUCCCUGGAGACCAUCUGCCUGCUGUUGGCCUACAAGAUCAAGUACCCCGAGAACUUCUUCCUCCUGAGGGGCAACCACGAGUGUGCCUCCAUUAACCGCAUUUACGGCUUUUACGAUGAGUGUAAACGUAGAUUCAACAUCAAGCUGUGGAAGACCUUCACGGACUGUUUUAAUUGCCUGCCCAUCGCCGCCAUUGUGGACGAGAAGAUCUUCUGUUGUCAUGGAGGCCUGUCCCCAGACCUACAGUCCAUGGAGCAGAUCAGACGUAUCAUGAGGCCCACAGAUGUACCAGACACAGGGCUGCUGUGUGACUUGCUGUGGUCGGACCCCGAUAAGGACGUGCAGGGCUGGGGAGAGAACGACCGUGGAGUGUCUUUUACCUUUGGAGCAGAUGUGGUCAGCAAAUUCCUCAACCGCCACGACCUUGACCUCAUCUGCAGAGCACACCAGGUGGUAGAAGAUGGUUACGAGUUCUUUGCCAAACGUCAGCUGGUGACUCUGUUCUCAGCGCCAAAUUACUGUGGAGAGUUCGAUAACGCCGGGGGGAUGAUGAGCGUGGACGAGACUCUCAUGUGCUCCUUCCAGAUCCUGAAGCCGUCUGAGAAGAAAGCCAAGUACCAGUAUGGAGGAAUGAACGCGGGACGCCCAGUGACUCCCCCCCGCACAGCCCAACCCCCGAAGAAACGAUGAACCCAUCACAUGCACACACAUACACACACACAUAAAAACACAACCCCACACAAGGAGGAGGAAGACAUCUUGAAGUUCAUCAGUGCAACUUUUUUGAAAACAAGUGUUAAGAAUGGAAUAAACCAGUCUAAGGGUCGUUCUGUUUGCAUAGUCCAAAAUACUUUUUUCUCCUUUGUUUCGUUUUAUUUCACUUUUACGUGUUUUCUUUGAGGACGGAAUGACGACUAGUUUACCACAGCGCCCCCUACCUGUACAGACGCAGAACAGGAGUUGAUGACAACUGCUGGCUUUUCAAUAAAUACAGGGAACAAA